AAUGUGACAUUUGAGUAUUCCGGGGGGAACUAAUGUCUGUCGUGCGUUACAUCUAAAUAUGUCCCCCGAUGAGGCUGUGGUGUUUUUGCCUGGCCACCGACGGAGCUCUUACACCAGUGAUUGACUAUAUGAGUGUACUGACUAUUGGCAAUGGUGCUAUAACGUGAAUUAACAACCUGAACAAAUGAGGGAGACGGAACCUCACCUGGAACCCCCAAAGACGCCGACCAUUAAUGCGAUAUUACAUUAGGCCAUUUUUUUUAUUUUGCUAAGAACAAGUGUCUGACUUUGCUAGCAACCAAUCGAGCUAGCCAGUAGCUAAUGCUAGCUAGCGAGACUAGUUAGGCAGUGGUGUUGUGUGGCAUCAGUAGGAACACUGUUCAUCGGUUAGCACUGACAACUUAGUCGAAGAAGCUCUUGUUUGUCCUAUGAUCUCAAAGCGCUAGUUGUCUGCACCAAGAUGUCCACCACUUCGUUGGAUAAAGAAUUACAGGAGCGACUGAGAGAGGCGUCUGCGAUUGGUGAUAUCGACGAAGUGCAGGCACUGGUGGAGAGUGGAGUAAAUGUGAACUCACAAAACGAAAUCAAUGGAUGGACAUGUCUGCACUGGGCAUGCAAGAGGAACCAUAAGCAUGUAGUAACUUAUUUACUCAGUUGUGGCGCAGACAAAGAAAUCCUCACGGCUAAGGAUGAGCUGGCCUCACAGCUCACAUCUAAAGCAGAGAUCAAACGACUGUUAGGAGUCGAGGUGGAAGAAGUGCCUGAAGUCAAGGAGCCUGAGUUGCCAAUUAUUCCAAAUUACCUGUCCAACCCCCCCUUUAUGUACUCGAAGAUGGAUAAAACGUCAGAGAUCAUUCUGGAACAGCACCUUGCACAAAAUGGUUCCGGAGAUCAUGCUGAGGACACGAACAGUGAUUCAGCCUCAGUUUCCUCAACUAAUGAGCCUCAGAAGUCACAGAGCCUUGUUUCUGACAGCCCCACUCCUCCCUCUAACCAUACCACUCAUAGCCAAGUACAGGCUCGGGAAUUCUUCCCUGUGAUUGAGCAGAAUGGUGCGUCACCCAGCCUGACUUCAUCCCACAACCACUCUGCUGUUAACUGCACAGUGCCCAUGGAUGUGUCAGUCGAGCCUCACCUUGUCAACCAUGCUGACUACCCGCAUGCGGUGGCACACAAUGGCACAAUGUGCUCACCUCCAUUAGCCUCACCCAGCCCCAGCUUGCCUAGCGGCAGUGGAAGCCAGGUCCAGGCUCCAGUGGCGAGUGCAAACCCCAGUAUGAGCAGGCAGCAGUCUAUUCCACAGCAGCUGAGCUACAGCCAGGCAGGCGGGCCCAUGCCGGCUUUCCAGCCUUUCUUCUUCACCAGCACCUUCCCUGUAAAUGUGCAAGAAUUGGUGUUGAAGGUGCGUAUCCAGAACCCCAGCGCGCGGGAGAAUGACUUUAUCGAGGUGGAGCUGGACCGGCAGGAACUCACUUAUCGCUCUCUUCUGAGAGUCUGUUGCCGUGAGUUAGACAUCAGCGCCGAGCACGUGGAGAAAAUCCGCAAGCUGCCAAACACCAUGUUGAGAAAGGACAAGGAUGUGGCUCGGCUGCAGGACUUCCAGGAGCUGGAGGUAGUGCUGGAGAAAGCCGAGGGCCUGUCUCUUUUCUCCGGCACCGGGGGCCUGACAGACAGACCCUGUUACAACAUGAAAGCCUCCCGCCUCACUUAUUAGAGCUACCACACGGCCCAAGGUCUUCUGCUAAUGAUGGGCUUCUGUAGCUUCCCUCAAAGCAACAAUAGCUAGUUGCCUGCCCAGGUCCCUUGUUACAGCUUUGUUCGGCUUUGGUGUUCCGCCAAUUUCCUUGCUGGGAUUUGUUUUUUCAAGUUCUGUAACUGUUGUCCUCCUCGGGCCCUCCUGCCGCUUUAGUGUACCCAACCAGCUCUAAGUGAUUUCUGAUGCAUGGUGUACUUGAUAAUGUGCGAACAUAUGUGGGUUGCUCUCCUCCUUAUCUCCUUCCACUGCACUUUGUGCCAAGGCUCCACUGGGACUAUAAAAGGGGACACAGGUAUGUCUUCCUAAUGGAGUGGACCUGAAUGGGAUUCUGCAAUAGCCUUAUAAGGACACAUCCCUACACAAACUGUGGACUACGGUCACCGAGGAGAACGAUCUGAUAAAACCCAGAGCAGAGGACGACAGGAAGGAUUUAUAGGAGUCCUACUGAUAUGAUCAUUGGUUCACAGGACAGGUGGAAAGGCAGCACAAAGGGCGUGCACACAGCAGUUUUGGAUUUCUCAGAAUUUGACCUCCGCAGUGUCAUCAGAUGCUUGAGUCGGCGCACACACUUUCAUACAUGCUGUAGGCAUUAACCUUAGUGUCUUUCCUGCAGAGGGCAUCCAUUCUAAAGGUGAAGAUAAUAUCACAGAAGCUGAGAUUUACUCUAGAAUCAGUAGAGUCAGUCUUUACUGACCACACGUGAUAUGCUUUAAUUUGUACUGACACCAGGAUAAAUACAUUCAGGUAGGAGUAGUUCCCUACAUAAUAACACAGAAGGAUUAAGUAGUUUUGCUUAAAGGAUUCAUCUUUAAUGUCUCGUCAUACACAACAAAAUCUCAAAUUGUUAACGUGAUGCAGCCUGAUGUGGGACUAUUAUUUUCAACAAUGCAUCAACACGUUUGCGUUGCAUUUUUCAGUUAAGUCAACUGUGAAAGAAUAGUUUUUAAUUAUUUUUUUUGUAAUUGCUAAUAAAGACAGAUCGCACAUAGCUCUUUAGAGUAAUCAUGCUCGAGUUCCAGACGAUGUUCAUGUGAUGACUGCUCACCUAGUCCUUUAAGUUAGGCCUUCUGUUGAACGUGUGCAGUCAGUGUCUUUCUGUUUAAGUGUAAUUAGAAUCCAGACCAAAAACGAAUCAAACCAGCAAAGAAACAAACUCUAUCACUGCUUUGGAAGCGUAUGCAGCCUUGUUCUAGUCCUUUUUUUAUCCCUUAAGAAAGAGCAAAGAUUACAAUGGUCUUGAGUUUUGGUUUAGAGCUUCCUCUCACUUCAGAUGGCUUCUAUUGCUCCUCUACUGUGGAGGCCAGUCUAGUGCUGACUUUUAACGUAAUUUGACUUCUAUGUGUUUUGUAUCGCUCUCUUUUAAAUGAUGACACGUUUGGUGACACUAAGAACAAGAGAGAAAGAGGAAAGAAAAGCCUUUUGCUGCACACUGAUGCUUGAACUGACGGCUUGAGAGUCACUUGCGUGUUACGUUGGAUGGAGACAUUGUUCUUGCUGCUUUUAUAGAGAUAUUCCUUUAACUUACAAUGCUGGGUCUGACUUCUAUCAAACAGCACAGUAGGCAGCCACGUCUCCUGUAAUCAACAAGUCUUACCCAGUGGUUACUGUUUACUGUUCAUGUAUACCUGAAGCUCUUAUUGUAUUUGUAUGGUUUAUUAUAUAUUUUUAAUUCAUUUGUAUCUUUUUUUCUUAACCAGCUAGGCCUGUUGUGUUUGUGUCAUUAAGUGUAUUAUCGAUCGGACAUGCAGGAGUUCAGUAAAGGGCCUGUAAAGGACUGAGGCGCUGUGGUUGAAGGCAAGUGCAAUGGAAAUAGCUGUUUCCAAAAAGGUUUGCUGUGAGAAGAAAGUGCUUAUUUUAUGUUCCAAGUCUGUUUAGUAAGUCGUGCCACAUGCUUAAGUGGCACCGUGUGGGAGGAAACACCCCAGAAGGUGUCUAGUGGCCUGUGCGAGUGAGAGCGGCACGUGUUGAAAUGGGUUUUUAUAGGAUCUGCGUUGAUUCUGAGGGGAGGACGAGACUAACAUUGUGUUUGUGUGGUUACUUAUUGUUCUAGAAAAAAAGCAGAAUACAGUUUGACUUAACCUAUGCAUUCAGAGUCUGAUAUUUUUAUAUCCAGUACAUCCUGUGUACUUGUGGAACUGAUCUUAGGCACUGUUAAGGUUUUAUUUGUUCUAAUCUGGAGACCUGUAUCUGUUCUUUGAUAAAGCAUGGUGAAAUACUUGGUCUCCUCCCUCUUUUUCUGUAUAACCAGCCCCAUGUCUAAUGAAAGCAUUUGUCCACGUGACUAAUUGAACUAAGGUUAGAAUUAAUACGCAUCUUAAUUUGUAUGUUGAAUGAAGGAAGCGGCUGUUUUUAUUUGUUCCUGUGAGGGUUAGUUACAGCUCACAGCCACCAGGGGGCGCACAACAGUAAAUAUUGGCACCGAGAGCCACUGCAUAAGCUGCUGCUCACUCAGUGCUAGUGCCAGCAAACACAAAGCUGAUGAGUAGUUAACUCUUUUUUUGCUGCUAUGACUUAACUAAACUAAUAAAAAAAUCUAUCCACACCGAAACUGACUUGUGCUAGAAAAUGUAAUAAAGUAAAUAAGCAUUUAUUAAGCAAAUAUUAAAAGGUCUGGGUAAUAAAUGAUGGAGCUGAAGUAUAACAUCUAAUAACAGUUGUCAUGGAGGUGUGAAGGCAGUGAAAGGUGCUUUAUGAUGUUCUCAUUUGAGUUUGUUUUUCUUCUGCCAGUUGUGGCAUUAAUUGCCGUUUAUUAAUUACACAUCAGAGAACAAAUGAAUGAUGCUGGACAAUGUAGCACAACUCAUAGACGCCGGAUUCUUCUUGCCAAUAAACACGUGAGUGACCCUGA